AUGAACCGCAACGUGGUCGGCCGGCUGCCGGUGCUCGCGCUGCUCGUGUGGGCAAGUCUGGUGGCCCUGGCUCAUGCAGCUGGUGAUCCAGACGGUCCUCAAUGCAAUGCCACUUUGCAGGGCUGGGCAGCGGCCUCGGAGGUCAAACCCUGCAUCUUGCGACUGGCGAACUGUUUGGCGGCAACGCAGGCUCGGAGAUUAAACUUGCCAUGGUUGGUGCCUGUGGCCCACGCUGGAAAGACUCCAACAACUACACGCUCGAAUGCCGUGAAGCGACAAGUGUGGUGGGUGCAACGCAUGGGCGGCAUUGUUGAAGAAUAUACGCUCGACAAUGCCAUCAACAACCCCAAUCACGUGGCCGAGCUCUUCUCCCUCGAGCUCUACAACAAGAUCCGCAUGGAGCCCAAUCUUCAAUACUUCUUAAACACGUGGCUUGUAUCCGUCGUUAAGAAUGGCACCCAAAUUGUCACCGCCGUUGCCGAAGACCAGCAGUCGCAAAAUCGCUACAUCAUCAACGCUCGGCAAUUCAUUGACGCCAGCGGUGACGGGCGCCUGGGUGCGGAAGCCGGUGCAGAGUUCAUUAUGGGACGGGAGGGGCCCUCCGACUUUAAUGAGAGCCUGGCUGAAGGUCCAGACAGUGAAACUGAAGGCUCUUCCCUGGCCUUUGUGGCCGUCGAAAUGGACACGCCUCAAACCUAUCGAGCCCCGCCCUGGGCUCGCAAAUUCAACGCCACCGACUUCAAGUUUCGUGGCCUCUCUGACAUGCAGUAUGGCUAUUGGUGGAUUGAAAUCUCCUGGCCUUACAAUACGGUCACGGACAACGAGCCCAUUCGCGAUCGACUGUUUGAGAACCUGUUCGGCGUUUGGGAUUACAUCAAAAACUCGGGUCAAGUCUCGGGCUCGUCUCACUGGGCCCUUCAGUGGUUUGGCCAAGUUCCCUGCAAACGAGAGGGGCGUCGCUUUCGUGGCCUGUACGUCUCUUCCCAAAACGACAUCAUGCGCAAUCCCAACGCCGACCCACCUCAAGUCCCAGACCUCUAUUACGAUCGAGUUGCUUUCGCUGGUUGGAACUUUGACCUGCACAACCCCAAGGGCAUGUUUGACACGGCCCACCCUCCCUAUGUGGCGUACAAAAGCCCAUACAUGUUUUCGACCCCGCUUCGCUCUCUCAUCAGCAAGGACGUGGACAACUUGUUUUUUGCCGGUCGCCUGGGCAGCUUCUCCCACGUCGUUUUUGGCUCGCAGCGCGUCAUGAAGACCUGCUCAACUAUGGGUCAAGCUGUUGGAACAGCAGCGGCUUUAGCUGCACGCCUGGGAUGCAAGGCUUUGGAUCUCCCAAGCAAUCCUGAAGCGCUCUGGAGCCUGCAACAACAGCUUAUCCGAGACGAUGCCUACUUAAUUGGCGUAUUAAACGAGGAUCCACGAGACUAUGCCCGAAAUGCAAGCGUUCAAGCCUCGACAGAGCUGUUUGCGGGCGGCAUUGACGGCCGGGCCCGCAACGUCCUCACAGGCCAGACGCGUGCCGUCGUGACACCCCUCCAAGCCCAUACAGGGAUGGGAGGUGUCCCCGUGGGUCAAGGCAUCAACGGUACCAAUCGCUGGAUGAGUACCAAGCUCCCGGCUUGGAUGACUCUCAGCCUCCCACAGCCAGCAAAAGUGCGCCAGGCUCAGCUCACCUUUGAUACUGGCAUGCAUCGACUGCUGACCUUUGCAGUGCGCGACUAUCGCUUUGGUAUUUGGAAGGCCCAGCCCGAGACUGUCCGGGACUACACCAUUGAGGGCCUGGUGGAAGGUCAAUGGCAGCUUUUGUGCAAUAUUACCGGCAACUAUCAGCGCCGUCGCGUGCAUUCGCUGCCAUGCUCACCCAUCCAUCCGGACCCCGGCACACCGAGUGGUGGUGGCAGCUCGCCGCUGCCUCCAGCCUCAGCUGCAGACGUUCGAGCUUCGACUUGCGACCCCUCUGCCCCCUCACAAUUGUGGACGCUCAAUGCGCAUGGUCAGCUCCAAAACCUGCAAGGAGCCCAGCUUUGCCUCACCUUCAGCAACAGCUCGGCUGCCUAUCAGGCACACGGCAAUGCAAUACAGGUGGCGCCAUGUGCCACAGCACCGACGUGGCGCCUGGACCCCACACUAAUCAACGGUACCACUGUGCGGCUCGAAUCAAGCGUACCCUGUAUCGACUAUCAGGGAGAAUGUCAGUGUGCCAAGUUUGUGGCGUCAAACCACGAGGUUCAAGAGGGCGCUGGUGUAGAGCUGUGGAGCUGUACUGACAUGGGCUCGGAGGGCACGUGGACCUUUCUACAAAAGUCCAGCAAAAACAACGCCUUCAUGAUCGCGACAGGUGGCUAUUGCUUGGACCACCAAACGCCGUUUGCCAGCUCGGCCUAUGCGGCUCACCGCAAUCAAGCGCAAACCGCAGCAGAUGCCCUGGGUCUUCAAAACAGCGCCACGGCCUAUUCAGACAUACGCAUCAACGUGACGGCCACCAACGGCAUUGACCGUGCCCACAUCCUCGAAGUGCGCCUUUAUGACGAGGAGGGACAAAAGCCUUUUCCUCGCUAUGGCGGGACGUCAUUCUAA